GCCAGGGCCUCGUGUUGGAGCGGUGUCCCUGGUGGUCUCUGUGGUUCUGGUGGUUCUGGACCUGGUGCUGCUGGUCCUCGGGUUCCUGAGGGUUCUAGCCCUAUUGGGGAUCGGUGAGGACAUGGAGCGCCGUCAGAGCCUGGAGGAUCAGCUCAGGUGUCCCGUCUGUCUUGACGUCUUCACUGAACCACUAAUGUUACAGUGUGGACACUCCUACUGCAGGUGUUGUGUGCGCUCCAUGACGAUGGACCUGCGGGGCCAGCUGCAGUGUCCCGUGUGCCGCUGUGCGGUGGACGGAGACAGUCCUCCUCCCAACGUCAGCUUGGCUCGAAUCAUCGACGCUCUGCAGCAGGUGCGUGUGUCAGGAGCUCAGGUGGAGUCGUGUCCUCAGCACCACGACCCGCUCAGCCUUUACUGCGAGGACGAGCAGGCGGUGAUCUGUGGCCUGUGUGGGAGCAUCGGGGCGCACCGCGGACACAAGGUCACACCUGUGAGCGCCGUCUACAGCCGCAUGAAGGAAGACAUUUCCUGUCUCAUAACAGAGUUUCAGCAUCAGAAACGUAAACUGGAGGAUCAGAUUUGUAAAAUGGCGUACAACAGAUCCAGGAUCACUAAUGAGUCUGACGUGCUGAAGUGGGUGGUGAGGAAGGAGUUUGGCGAGCUGCGGCGCUGCCUGGAGGUGGAGGAGGCGGGCUUCAUGCAGCAGGUGGAGACCUCCACUGCCGUCCUCAUCUCGUCGCUUCAAAGCCAGACUGACCAGUUAAACCUGAACCUGACCCGGCUGCAGGAGGCCCACAACACCCUGCAGGACCUGAGCAACGAGGGUCACCUGGGCUUCAUCACGAAGUACGGAUCGAUGGCUCCGAGGUUCAGAGAGAUUCAGGAGCUCCAGAAGAAGGAGGAGAGGAUCUUCAGCUCUCUGAACUUUCAAACUGGUUUCAACCACAACGACAUUAAACUCACCGUGUGGAAGAGACUGCAGAGGAAGGUCCUGCCAGCACCAGAGCGGAUGAAGCUGGAUCCUCAGACUGCUCACCCGAUGUUGGAGCUGCUUCACGGGGACAUGGGGGUGGGCUGCGGCGCUCUGCUGCGGAGGCUUCCUGAUAACCCAGAGCGCUUCAGUUACAGCUACUGUGUCCUGGCCAACCGAGGCUUCUCCUCUGGGAAACACUACUGGGAGGUGGAGGUUGCUAACAAACCUAAAUGGCGUCUCGGUUUGAUCAAAGGAACGACCAAUCGUAAGGCCAAGCUGGGGAAGAGUCCAGAGAGCGGAGUGUGGUUGAUCGGACUGAAGGACGGAGUUUACGAAGCCUUCUCUUCCCCCAGAGUGGUCCUGCCGGUGCUUCCUCCCCCUCACCGGGUCGGUCUCUUCCUGGACUAUGAGGGCAGAGCGCUGACCUUCUAUAACAGCGACAGUCCGAAUGAGCUCAGCUUCCUUUACAGCUUCAAGCUGGAGGUACAGGGGAACGUGUACCCCCUGCUGGACGUCUGCUGGCAUGACCGCGGACACAACAAGCAGACCCUGGUCCUCGCCCAGCCCCACAAGUAGCACCUCCUCGCCCAGCCCCACAAGGAACACCUCCUCGCCCAGCCCCACAAAGAGCACCUCCUCGCCCAGCCCCACAAGUAGCACCUCCUCGCCCAGCCCCACAAGUAGCACCUCCUCGCCCAGCCUCACAAGGAGCACCUCCUCGCCCAGCCCCACAAGUAGCACCUCCUCGCCCAGCCUCACAAGGAGCACCUCCUCGCCCAGUCCCACAAGGAGCACCUCCUCGCCCAGCCCCACAAGGAGCACCUCCUCGCCCAGCCCCACAAGUAGCACCUCCUCGCCCAGCCCCACAAGGAGCACCUCCUCGCCCAGCCCCACAAGGAGCACCUCCUCGCCCAGCCUCACAAGGAGCACCUCCUCGCCCAGCCCCACAAGUAGCACCUCCUCGCCCAGCCCCACAAGUAGCACCUCCUCGCCCAGCCCCACAAGUAGCACCUCCUCGCCCAGCCCCACAAGUAGCACCUCCUCGCCCAGCCUCACAAGGAGCACCUCCUCGCCCAGCCCCACAAGGAGCACCUCCUCGCCCAGCCCCACAAGGAGCACCUCCUCGCCCAGCCCCACAAGGAGCACCUCCUCG